UGUCUGUCUGUCAGUCGGUGUUUACUUUUGAGUUGAUCCCAAGGCAUUUGCUCUUGCAACGUUCUUUGUGGUCUUACAUACGUUUUGCAUUUUUUCAUAUAAAAAUUUAUUUUGAUUGCAGUCAAGCAAUGGAUAAAGAACAGAAACCUUUUGUUCCAAAAACUCCAAUUGAUUUUCAGAAAUUAAAAUUAGAAAGAUUAAUGGCAAAUCCAGAUAAACCAGUUAUCAUUCCAGAAAUGCCUAAAGAGAAAAAAGGAUUUACUGUCCCAGAAUUUGUUCGUAAUGUGAUGGGCUCAAGUGCUGGAGCUGGAAGUGGGGAAUUUCACGUGUACAGACAUUUAAGAAGAAAAGAAUAUACUAGGCAAAAACUUCUGCAAGAAAAAGGUGAAAAAGAAAGACUCGAUGAAGAAUAUCGCAAAAAGUUAGAGGAAAAUAGAAGGAAAAUGGAAGAAAGAACAGAAAAGAAAAGAAAAAAAAGGUUUUAUUAUUUUACAUUUAUUCUAAUUCUGCUGAAAUUUAUAUAAUGAGACUUGAAUAAU